AUGCAUCUUUUGGCUUUACAGAGUGAUUGUAUUAUGUCACCUGUCACUACCUGGUGUAGAAUAGUUAAAAGUGAUAAAUACAAACGUGCACUUGCUGAUGGAGAGAAUCUCAGGAGAAGAAUGAUGAAGCAGAUAGAAGAUGCGAAAUUGUUUGGCAUCCAGAGCUUCUGUAAAGACUUACUUGAGGUUGCUGAUGUGUUGGGGAAGGCAACAGAAAGUGUACCAAAGGAAGAAAUUAAAGACACAAAUCCUCAUCUGAAGAGUUUAUACGAAGGUCUUAAAAUGACAGAAGUUCAGUUACACAAGGUUUUUAAGAGACAUGGCCUGGAACCAAUAAAUCCACUAAAUGAGAAAUUUGAUCCAAAUCUGCAUGAAGCCUUGUUUGAACAGGAAGUUGAAGGAAAAGAGCCAGGCACUGUGAUUGUUGUCACAAAUACUGGUUACAAGCUACAUGAACGCGUAAUUCGACCAGCAGUGGUAGGUGUGGCUAAAGCCAAAUAAGGUGGUGUCUUGUUUUGUAGGACUGUGUACGUAUGGUGAUUGUACUCAGAGGUGUGGAUGUCAUUAAGCCUUUAUUUUUUAUUAUU